CGAACCCACGCAACGUUGCCAUAAUGGGUAGCUUUCUUGUCCAAGCGGCUAAAACAAAACCUAAUUUCUACGUUAAUGGCGGUCAUGGUGGACAGUGAAGCUUUGGACGCCCAUGCCAAAUCCCACUUUCAAACUCGAGAAAACCAAUGGGGGCUGAAAUGGCAAUCAGGAAACACUCAAAAAUUGUAACCAUAACCCCCACAGAACCUUCACUCUGCCACGUACCCGAUUCCUUUUUCCAUCAUUUACAUCUCAAUUCUUCCUCCACUUUCAUUCCCCCAAUCCAAUUUCAUAUAUAUUCUCUCCCUCCCCCUCCCUUUCUUCCCUUCCCAAUUUGCGUUCGCUUCCAACGAUUCUCCAUUACCCACUGCCUAAUUUCUCUGCUUCUUCUGAGAUUUUGGAAGUACCGCGCUUUCGAGAUGUCUUCUCCAAGCAAAAGGAGAGAAAUGGAUGUCAUGAAAUUGAUGAUGAGUGACUACAACGUGGAGAUGAUAAACGAUGGACUAAACGAAUUCAACGUGGAGUUCCACGGUCCCAAAGAAAGCUUAUAUGAAACUGGUGUUUGGAAAAUCCGUGUUGAGCUUCCCGACGCGUAUCCAUAUAAGUCUCCUUCAAUUGGCUUUGUGAACAAGAUAUUCCACCCAAAUGUUGAUGAACUAUCUGGUUCUGUGUGCUUGGAUGUGAUUAAUCAGUCUUGGAGUCCGAUGUUCGAUCUUUUAAACGUUUUCGAGGUUUUUCUUCCCCAGCUUCUUCUUUAUCCCAAUCCUUCAGACCCCCUUAACGGCGAUGCAGCAUCGCUUAUGAUGAAGGACCGGAAGCAGUACGAUGAAAAAGUUAAAGAGUACUGCGAAAAGUAUGCAAAGGAGAACACAGCAGAAGAUGACAGUGAAGAAGAGGAUGAAAUGAGCGAUAACGAAAGCAGUUCGAGUGACGGGGAUGUUACUCGACAUGCCGAUCCAUGAUUGAAAGCUAAGUCAUUAUAUCGAUCGUUUCUCCAUUUAGCAGCAACAACUAAAUUUACAUGUUUGGCUUUCCAUAGGUGUACUGGCUGUACGAUUAUAUCGAAAAUGCCCAACAGAGAGUUUUAGAUGUCUCUUAGAUUUUCAUGGCAAUGCUGUGUUAAGUGACUUCAAAUGUAAAAACGGUCCAGUAGGGGAAACAAAGCAAGUUGACAAUAUUUUAUCAGUUAAUGAAAUAGUCUGUGAAACUUUGGUUUGCUUAGCCCA